AUGUCAAAAAGAUCUUCAAACAGGACCACAAAACCCGAGCGAUCCGCCCUAGUAAAACUCCCCGCUUCAACUCCCAACCUCUCCCUGAGAGAACUUGGACUCUGGAAAGACUAUUUCGUAGAAAUUUCAGCCCCAAGAGUAUGCACUCUUCCAAUUUCGAUCAAACAGAAAGACGAACGACCCUCAAAGCUUCUAGAAAACUUCAAGAAUUACUAUAUAAGCAACCAAGUUCAGAUUACCGAACACGAUACUACAAUCUAUGUCCUCCGUACCUACUCCGGCAUUUCAGUUAGAUCCGAAUACCGCAUAGUCGAUUGUUUUCGUCUGUCAGAUACAAAAGAUUCUGAUUUUCCUAAGGCUAUUAUAGCACUACACUAUGUCAAAACUCCAGAGAAUGACGAGCCUUAUCUCGACCGUACUCUGUUUGUCGAGGAGCCUCUCAAAGCAGACUCCAAAAGUUCUCCGGUAAGAGGACAGCAACUUGGAGAGCGCUUUCUAUUAGUAGCAGAGGAUCUCGAAAAAGAAAUUUCGUACCGAUUUUAUGUGCCUGGUGGACAGAAAAGCGGACCUUUGUAUGGACAGUAUGUCCAAGAUGAUGGGUUGGGUAGUGUAGAUAUUGAGCAACUCGAUCAAGGAAGGGGUCGGUAUAAGUCUACUGCUGUGGUUUGGAGAAAGUGGGAACCUCUAGAGGAUCCGGGAACGGAAGAAUGGAAGGGUAAUAAUGUCGCUUUAAGUCGUAUUGUGGAGGAGAGACAGCUUUAUGUAAAACCCCUUUUAGAGUCUCACGAAAGUUCUGCGGGUAUGAGAAACUCGGGACGAGAAUGA